AUGUUUCUAGCAGCCAUCUGGGCCGUUUUCCCCAGUGAGAAUGCUGCAGAGUGGAAGAAGCUUUUCAAGCCCUGUGCCUCUCAGCGCCUCUUCCUUCCUCUGAUCUUGAAAGGCGUGGACUCGGUUGUGUACGUGGACUCGGACAUCGUCUUCCUGCAGCCCGUAGACCGGCUGUGGGCCCUCCUGUCCCGGUUCAACUCCACCCAGCUGGCAGCGAUGGCCCCGGAGCACGAGGAGCCCAGGAUCGCCUGGUACAACCGCUUCGCCCGCCACCCCUACUACGGCCGCACGGGCAUCAACUCUGGGGUCAUGCUGAUGAAUAUGACCAGGAUGAGGGACGCCUUUUUUCUGCCAGUUCUGCAACACAGAGAUCCAAACCUUAUCCUCCUCGUAGACCACAAACUCGGAGUCAACCUACACCUGAACCUGAUGCAACUUACCUAUCUGGGGAAGAAGAUGUUCCUUGGGUUGUUCAGCCUCGUUCAUUCCAACUACCUGUUGAGAUCCAUGCCUCUAGUCACGAUGAUGAACUACCUGCUGACACGCAUCCUGUUGUGA